AUGCUCGCUGCUGAAGAUACUACUGAAAGCGACAAAAGUAGGCACUCACAGUCUUGCUCGCAGGUGACGAGGCCAGUCAAGAAGAGGCAGAGGAAGGCUAGAGCCAACCGGGCGCCGAGUGCUGACCGGUUGCUGGUGCCGCCGCUGGCCGAAGUCGUCAUGGCCAGGUCAGACGGUGAGUUUCUUGGGGUUUGUGGGGUUGGUGUGGUUGGUGUGGUUGGUGGAAAAAAGGGUGUACAAGCAGGCCGGCGGUUCGGUGCGACGUUCUGUCGCGUCGACUUCCAGCCGCGGACCGCAGAAUCGGGCAGAAUUCCACCGUUCAAGACGUCGUUGAGGUCAGAGUUGGUGUCCAAGUGUGAGGACUGCCGGAGCAGUCACAUGCCCGCGCGGACAGACACAAGCACAAAUCGAGAGGUCGAGCAGACGACGGGCGGGCUGGCUGGCUGGCUGGCCGAGAAGGAAGACGCAGAUCUGACUGCUCACAGGCACAUGUACCAAUUCCUGAAUGGACCGAUUGUACACACACUCGCGAACAGUUGUCGGUGUCUGUACCUCUUGGAUGGGUCAGCUGGGGCCGGACCAGAGGUCGACAUGAUACAGACCAGUCGAGGUGUAGGCAAGGCGAUCCGGCUGUCGCGCCUCACGUCUACACAUCGCCACUCGGACAGCAUGGGGGAAGUGUAA